AUGGCCACUGCUCGGCCUGAGGUCCGACGGAGGCAGGGUUCCAAGCAUGAUAAGACAGGCUGCCUGACCUGCCGCUUCCGACGGAAAAAAUGCACGCAGAACACGUUUCCCGUCUGCGGCACAUGCGCACGCUUAAACCUGGAGUGUGUUCGUCAGCCGGUUCGCAGUAUCGUUCCAGCGACUGGCGCUCAGGCUACCCCGACGUCACCAGAUGAACCACAGCGACUUCAGCUAAGCCUACCUGUCGCACCCUCAUCCCCAAGCUGGGAUGGGCCCACCAGGGAUGCCGGUGCCCAGCGGCGACACGCUAUGAGGUACUACAUCACUGUCCUUACACAGCAUGUCACAGUCAGCGAACAGUACAACUCCUUCCUGUCCGCAUUUCUACCCAUGGCGAUGGAAUCAAAAGCCCUGGCAGACUCACUCGUGGCCUGGGCCUCUAGCCAUCUCGCAUUGACUGACCAGUCUUAUGAACUUCUCUCGUUGGAAUCUCACUCUUCAGCCGUUCGGGCGCUAUCAUCCUCACUGGUUACUCACAACGACGACUUGGCACUGCACGAGACCAAUGCUUCUGCAUGCCUGGCCCUUCUAAUAUCCGAAGUCUGUCAAGGCGACCGCCAGAUCUGGUACAGCCACCUGCUUGGGGCCAAGAGCAUUAUUGAGUCUGCCCGGUCCGGAGACCUGAGAGGCGUUGACGCCUUCAAGCUCACUUCCGAGGGCCAGUGGGUACUUCGGAACUUCGCUUACCACGACGUUCUCGCCAGUGUCACCCUGAGCCAACCUCCGCUGCUCGACGGCAGCUAUUUGGAGGGCAUCACCAACGUGGUGGAUAGUUGCGUCGGUGUAGCUUCUGGUAUCCUCAAGAUCAUCGCGGAUAUCUGUGCCUUGGACCACAGGCUCAGAUCCGAAGGUCUUGAUCACCAUGAUGGAAGGACGUCCUUCAUUCAACUCGAAACUCAACUGCGUGACUGGGAAUUUCCGCCCGAUACCACCCAAAACCUGGCUGCAGUGGGCCAAGCAUACCGUUGUGCUGCACAGAUCGUGCUAUACCGAGCCUGGAGGCAGCUGCUCCCCGAGGAACUCGAUCAAUCACCUGGACAUGACGAAACUUCUCGGCAGAUUGGGGUGGAUGAAGCAGUUACAGUCCUGCUGGAGUCGAUUGCAAACAUCCCGCAACAAUCCAUCGCUGAAGGACCGCUGGUAUUUCCCCUCUUUCUCGCUGGAGGAGAGACCAUGGCGCCCGCGCAGCAGCAGAUCAUUCGCACAAGGCUGCAGGCUUCGUUCGAAUUCCGACGCUUCCAGAAUAUCUCUCGCGCCCUAGAGAUUCUCGAGACAUUAUGGGAGCGAAGGAAGACUGACAGCAAUCUUGACUGGAAAGAUGUCCUGGCCGAGUCAGGCGGAGGCUUGAUCCUUACCUGA